CUCCCCUCUCCAGCCACCUUCUCCACAUCCAUCUUUUAUUUCAUUUUUCCACUUGGCUGAGCCAUCUAGAACCUUUUCAAUGUAUAAAAUGGAAUAUUCUUACCUCAAUUCCUCUGCCUACGAGUCCUGUAUGGCUGGGAUGGACACCUCGAGCCUGGCUUCAGCCUAUGCUGACUUCAGUUCCUGCAGCCAGGCCAGUGGCUUCCAGUAUAACCCGAUAAGGACCACUUUUGGGGCCACGUCCGGCUGCCCGUCCCUCACACCGGGAUCCUGCAGCCUCGGCACCCUCAGGGACCACCAGAGCAGUCCGUACGCCGCAGUUCCUUACAAACUCUUCACCGACCACGGCGGCCUCAACGAGAAACGCAAGCAGCGGCGCAUCCGCACCACUUUCACGAGUGCGCAGCUCAAAGAGCUGGAGAGGGUCUUCGCUGAGACUCACUACCCGGACAUCUAUACCCGGGAGGAGCUAGCCCUGAAAAUCGACCUCACAGAGGCGCGAGUUCAGGUGUGGUUCCAGAACCGCCGCGCCAAGUUUCGCAAGCAGGAGCGUGCAGCAGCAGCGGCGGCGGCCGCAGCCAAGAACGGCUCCUCCGGCAAGAAGUCUGACUCCUCCCGGGACGACGAGAGCAAAGAGGCCAAGAGCACCGACCCGGACAGCACUGGGGGCCCGGGCCCUAACCCCAACCCCACCCCCAGCUGCGGGGCGAGUGGCGGCGGUGGCGGCGGGCCUAGCCCCGCGGGAGCUCCGGGAGCCGCCGGGCCCGGGGGCCCGGGAGGCGAACCCGGCAAGGGCGGCGCUGCCGCGGCGGCGGCGGCUGCGGCGGCGGCUGCGGCAGCGGCGGCGGCGGCGGCGGCUGGAGGCCUGGCUGCGGCCGGGGGGCCUGGACAGGGCUGGGCUCCCGGCCCGGGCCCCAUCACCUCCAUCCCAGAUUCGCUCGGCGGCCCCUUCGCCAGCGUCCUAUCUUCACUCCAAAGACCCAACGGUGCCAAAGCCGCCUUAGUGAAGAGCAGUAUGUUCUGAUCUGGGAUCCGGCGGCGGCGGCGGCGGCGGCGGCAGCGCGCGAGCCAGGGCCCCGGGCGAGUGGGCGAGCGGGUAGGCCCAAGGCUACUGUUGUCGCCGCUGCCGUGGCUUUUUCAUCGCGGGCCUAAAAUAAUCGCGAUACGAAUAACGAGCAAAUGACGUUGCCCCCAUUUCAACCCCACUCCUACCCCCUUCCUCACCCCCAAGCAAAACAAAAACGAAACAAAAUGAGAAACUUCCCUGGCUUCGCACCGCCUACGGCUGCACGCAGAGGCCAGGGCUCAGCCUGCUAAGUGGGGGGCGUGAGCAGGCGGACUGGACUCGGGGGGCACUCUCAGGGGGCUGUGUCUGCGUGUCGGGUGUAUGUCUGUCUCGGGGAAUGUGUGUCUGUGGCCUGAGCAGGUGGCAGGGAGAGAUGGGUGGGCCACAACCAACUCAGUGACUUGAUUAGAAAAAGAAAAAAAAAUAAGUAAAUAUAAAAAUUCGGAAGACAGCAACUAUUAAAAAAACAUCAACAAGCAGGAAGGUUUAAACAUCCAAGGGUGUGGCGAGACCAAGUCAAGGGGGACUGGUGCUGAGAGCUGACUCCUAAGUUCUUGCCUCAGGACAAAUGGACUCUGGGGCUCCUCUUUAGGGGAGAAUACAGAAGCCUUUCCAGCCCCCCUUACCCUCGGGUCCUUGGGUUCGGGCCACUGUGGCGACGUCUUGCUUAGAUUGUCCCUGCGGCCAAAGUGACUUUCUCCCGCCCGCUUGCCUGUCCCCACCUCGCCGGAUACCAUCCCACCAUUAGUGCAUCUGAAUCUCACACCGUUGCAACUCCCAGUCCUGAAUCUUUGCAGCCUCUUGGCCCUGAAAGAUGCCCUAUACAUGAGAUGCCUUUUCAUCCACAGACUCUGCAAACUGUGUCUCAUAUUUCGCAACUCUCCUUUUUUUCUCUCCCACCAACCGCCAUCCCCACCCGGCGUUUUCUUCUUCCACCAGCUUUUACUGAACUUUUUGGCACUGCUUUGGAUUGGAGUCAAUUGCAGUCCAAUUGCUGGCUGCAGAGAAAUCUACCAAGCAAGGGAAAGGCACAUAUGUUUGCAGAAGUGUCUUGGUUUGCAUUUCUGUUUGAGUGACCUGAACUGGACUCACAUCCUGUAGGGUGGAUGGACUGUAAAUUGAUGAUUCCAUUCUUUGCGCAGUUAGACAUCUCUGUUGGGAUUUGUUUUUUGUUUUUGUUUUUUGGUUUUUGUUUUUAUUUUAAAAGGCACAAACUAUAGAUAUUAGUUGAAUGUUGAGGCUUUAACUUUUUUGUGUCUUUCUACAACUGUGUUCUGUGACUCAAUUGUAUGGUGUUAAUAUCAGUACAGACUGUCUCCUCUACGUGACCGUAUAAUGUUUUUCUCUUGUAGUCUCUAUGGCGUGUCUUUAUGGCGUAAUAAGGUUCUCACGGGUUCAAUUCCUUUGUGUUUAGAGAGACCAUGGUUCAGACAAUGGUAUAUAUUUUUGUUAUCAGGUGCAUGUCUGUCUGAUUUAUUUUUUCUUCUCGUUGGACUAUGUUUGUGAACAUAAUUGUCAUAAGUUAUGUUUCAGAUUUUCAAAUUUAUUUAUAUGUGUUAUAAUGAAUGCUUCUAUUUAAAAGGGAAAUAUUUCUACAUGUGCAUAUAGUUUUCCAA